CUUAUCGAACCGUUCUGUUUACAUCUCUAGUUAAAACUUUCUGUUACGAGCAGUCAAAAUAGGUUGAUGAAUAAGGAUCACGUGGUCACAACAAAAGAUUUAAUUGGCCGAAAAAAGUUUAUUUGCACGAAUCGAAAUCGUACGUUUAACGAUCGUAUGCUACCUUGUUAUGUAAAUUUGUUCCUUAUGAAGUAUGAAAAAACCAUAGAGUGUUGAGGAAAAUACAUUUAGGUCUUUUUCUAAUUUUUAUUUGUCAAGUAUUACUUUUUUCAAUAAAUUAAAAGUUUUUUAUGUUUUUUAAUCUUCUUCUUCGUGUAAUGGCGGUUAGUUUUGUAAGCUAUAUCGGGCAAUUAUCAUGGCUUCAAAAUGGUAGAGUUGUCGUGCCUGCUCCACAUUUAAAACAGAUGAAUGAAGAGAUGGAAGUCAUCAAGCAAGGUGCAGAAGCAAAAUUAUAUCGAAGUAAGUUGUUUGGAAAAAAUGUAAUUAUAAAACAAAGAUUUAACAAGCUGUACCGUCACCAAUUGAUGGAUGAAAAACUAACUCAUAAACGAACUCUCCAAGAAGCCAGAGCUAUGUUGAAGUGUCGAAAAGUUGGAAUAAGAACCCCACUCAUCUAUUUUGUUGACCUUUCCAGUCAUGAAAUAUAUAUGGAAGAAAUUGAAGACAGUGUUACUUUAAGAGAUGAAAUUGACUCAUUGUUACAAAAGAACACUGUGGAAGGAAAGAAUCUUUUAAUUGAAAUUAUAACCACUGUUGGACGUUUGAUAGCAAAGUUGCACUCAGUAGACAUUAUUCAUGGUGACUUAACGACGUCUAAUAUUCUUCUGCAGAAAAAAGAGACAAAUUUGUUGACAUUAAUUGAUUUCGGUUUAAGUGUGACAUCAGUAUUUAAUGAGGACAAAGGCGUGGAUUUGUAUGUUUUAGAGCGAGCUUUUUUGAGUACCCAUCCUGACACAGAAGAACUUUUUCAGAUGUUGUUAGAAAGUUAUCAAAAAAAUUAUGAAGGCAAAGUUGACGAGGUGAUCGAGAAACUUAAUGAGGUUAGAUUGAGAGGACGUAAACGAGUCAUGAUUGGAUAGAAUAUUAAGAAGUAGCAACAAUUAUUAUCCAAUUAACAGAUUGACAAAUUUUUGUAGAUGUUCUGAGGCAUAGUAUGUUGUUGUUGUUUUUAGUUUUUUUCUCUCUUAAUUUUUUUUAACAAAAAUUUGUUAAAGAAAUAUUAAAAAGAAAUAUUAAAAAGUGUGCAAUGGUUGAAA